GACACGGUCGACGGUGCAGUUUUGGUGUUGACUUUGACAUAUAGAACCGUAUCGAAAUUCUGUCGGAUAUCGCCAGCAUGCAGACGAAUUUGAUGAAAAAGCUCUCCCCGAGCGGAGAGAUAACAAUGUAUAUCGCCCAAAGGGAAUUUGUUGACCAUUACAAAAGCGUCGAUCCUAUCGACGGGAUCGUGAUGGUGCCAAUUAGCAAAGCUCACGGCCAGCGUCUCUUUGUGGAAAUUCAACUCCACUUUAGAUAUGCAAGUCUUUCGCCAUUGAAUAUGUUAACUUUUCAUCAGUCGGCAUUUAAUUUAAAAUUAAAACAGGGGGCCGAAGCCGAUGAGUUCUCCAACAUUCCCUUCAAGAAAAUGGUCGUCGUUGCCACGCAAGAGCUCUUCCCUCUUGGCAACAUCCAGCCGUCGACACCUCACGUCUACACCAACUGGCAGACCGCCUUGUGCAAGAAAAUGGCGAAUAUGGAAGGCAUUUGUCCGUUCAAAUUGGAAUUCCCGCAAGGUAGUCCACCGUCGCUGCUGGUGGCCGGCCCUCCGGGUGUGGCUGGCGAGCCUUGCGGACUGACGUACCAAGUUGUCGCCUACUUUUGCACCGAUCCGGCUCUUCCACUAGUCAAAAAAAACACGGUGGGAUUUGGCGUCCGUGUGAUGCAGGAAACGCUGCCCGUCCCUCUGCUUGAGCAACUUUCUUUGGCGCCUACCACUCGGCCGGCCACGCUCGUGUCGCGGCAAUUUCUCCUCUCGCCGGGUAAAAUGCAAAUUGAAAUGUGUCUCGACCGGGCCGUCGUCUACUACGGAGAGAAUCUGACGAUGCGCGUCCAGAUCACCAACAACAGCAACCGGACCAUUCGCAAGAUCAAGUGCAAGCUCUACCAAGUGUCCCAGCUCUCCUUCGCCCAGGGUGAAAGACGGGCGCCUCUCUAUGCCAUGGAAACCACCGAAGGUUGUCCAAUUUCGCCAGGAGCGUCCCUGCAAAAAUCGUACAUCUUGAUGACCAAACUGCAGCCCCAUCGCACCAACGAGAAUUUAGUUUUCGAAGCUUCAGUCAACCGGGGCGACAAAGAGCGACUAUCAGCUACAACCAUCUUUCCUUACACAGAUCCCAAGGAAGGAUUUGCUAUUCUAGUUUCGUACGAGGCAAAGAUCAAAGUGUACAUGGGUGGCAGCCGCCAGUUCCAGUCAGUGCGAUCAACUUUGGGAGAGGUCUCGGCUCGCGUGCCGUUCUUUUUGUUCCAUCAGACGCCGAGAGAAAACAUCGAAAACGAAGAUGACACCGUUGAAGUUCCUAAUAACCAAGUGGUUUCCAAACCGCCUCGAAUGGUCAGAUUGAGUUCAGUGGACAACGAAGCCGGAAAAGAGCCGCCCCUUCUCGUCGAAUGGUAGGAGCUUUGACGUACACAGUCAAACAAA